AUGGCGAAUGCAACUGAAAUUGUGUUUGUUCUACAAGGACUGAAUGAGACGAUGUCAAACAAACGCACAUACUUUGUUGUCACUCUUCUCGUCUACCUUUUUACUAUUUUAGUGAAUCUGACUUUGAUUGUGACAAUUAUUCUGGAGAAAACGCUCCAUGAGCCAAUGUUUAUAUUUCUGUGUAACUUGUGUGUAAAUGGCAUAUUUGGUGCCUCUACAUUUUAUCCCAAAAUAUUGGUGGACCUUUCAUCUGACGUGAGUGUUAUCUCAUAUAAAGCUUGCCUGUCUCAAGUUUUUGUAAUAUACAGCUACAUCUACUGCGAAUAUACUACACUAACAAUGAUGGCUUAUGACAGGUAUGUCGCGAUAUGCAAGCCGCUCAAUUACCACUCCAUCAUCACGCCACGGACGGUGAUGAAAUUGUUGAUUUUUACCUGGCUUUCAUCCAUCUGUGAAUCAGUUGGUGUGACGGCCCUGGUAGCUAGACUGCCUCUCUGUGGAUUCAACAUUGAAAAGAUUUACUGCACUGCUUGGGCCGUGGUGAAGCUGUCAUGUGUGGACACCACUAUCAACAACAUAUACGGGUACAUUCUCAUGAUUUUUCACUUUUUACAAGCUGUGCUGAUCUUUGUUUCUUAUAUUUAUAUCGUCAGAGCAUGUGUGCGAUCGCAGGAAGAGCGAAGUAAGUUCAUGCAGACCUGUUUGCCCCAUUUAAUCGCAUUGACCAACUUGACGAUCGCUCUUGUUUUUGACAUAAUGUACGCUCGUUAUGGUCCCACCGACCGUCUGCAGGCUCUCCGCAACUUCAUGUCCCUGGAGUACCUCAUUGUUCCACCCCUCCUAAAUCCCCUCAUCUAUUGUCUGAAACUGAGCCAGAUACGCCGAAGAAUCUUUAGAACUUACAGCCGGAAACCGAUGUUCUAA